AUGAGACACGGCGCCGGAGCGGUGCCACUGCUGCUCAACAUGUACCUGCCAGAUCCAGUUGGGGAAACUUUGUUCAAAGACGGCAAGAGCCAGGCGUGGGGGUCUCUCAGCCCGGGCGUGCAGAAAGGCAGUGGGCAGAUCCAGCUGUGGCAGUUCCUGCUGGAGCUGCUCUCGGACCGGGCCAACCUGAACUGCAUCGCCUGGGAAGGCACGAACGGGGAGUUCAAGCUGAUCGACCCUGACGAGGUGGCGCGGCGCUGGGGCGAGCGGAAGAGCAAACCCAACAUGAACUACGACAAGCUGAGCCGGGCGCUGCGCUACUACUACGACAAGAACAUCAUGACCAAGGUCCAUGGCAAGCGCUACGCCUACAAGUUCGACUUCCACGGGCUGGCACAGGUGUGCCAGCCAGCCACCCCUGAUCACACCCUCUACAAAUUUCAGGGCAAUCUAGCCCCCUUGCCCUUCUCAGGCAUCUCCAAACUCAACCUCAUGACCUCAGGGGUGACACCAGCUGGCUUCUCCUACUGGCCUGGCUCCAGCCCCUCCCUCUACCCUGGGCAUGGGCUCCAGCCCUCUGCCCCAUUCAGUGCCAUGGCAGCCUCCCACCUCAACAACAUGAACAACCAUUACCAUUAGAGGCUGGGCCAUGCCAGGUGGACCUCCCUGUCUCUGGCAGCAUGGGGCUGUGGAACUCAGCAGGGAGGGAUGGGGGGGGUGGGAUCGUGCCCUGCUCUCAGUUGCCCCCCUUCUAGAUUGGAAGAGUGGCAUGGGGGUCAAGGGGUGGUUGCAGGGUAGCUGGGUUGGUUCCCUGGUGUGGGUGGCUAGAGGACAAAAGCCAUCUAAAUUUAGGGUCAGAAGGGAUCCAUGGUCCUGGAAAUGGAUAUGGAUAUCUAAAGCACAGAGUGACUGAAAAGAAAACACAUGGGCUCUCCUGUCAGGGACUGUGCUCCUCCUUUCCUUUACAACAUGCUGCCUGCUCCAUGAACGUCCUUAGCUCUUCCCACAGCCUGCACCUGUCCUCUCCUCUUCUUGCACAGACAAGCCAGGUGCUGGAGUCCCAGGGCAGCUUUGUCCAUGGCUGAAGGUCCCACUGGACAGGGGCAGGGAAAGGGGACCCUCCUUGCCGCUCCUUGGUUCCCCACCAUUGUCUCCAAAGCCUUCCUUUCCCCCAUGCCUCCUACACCUGCUGAUGUUGGCCUUCUCCAAACCUCAGGAGAAGCUUUGGUCUGGAGGGUGGGUGCCCUGCAUGUGUUAACUCCUGCUAGGUAGAGCUCUGGGGUUGGAGGUGCCAGGAACAGGCACAGGGUGCAGCCUUCAGAGGGAAAUGCCAGAGCCUGGAGGAAGCACAGCCCUGCAACUCUGCCCUCUCCCCAGUGCCCAAGGACCACAUGGGAUGGUCCACAACACCAUGCGCAUGACCCCAUGUUUUACUGGUCACUUCCAAGUUUAAUGUUCCAGCUUUACUGUGGCUUUAGCCCCUCGCAUGGGACACCUUCCAUGGGUGGAGACACUCCCCAAGGCAAGGCUGGGUGGGAGGUGGAGCAGAAGGGAUGACAGCAGGGCUGGGAGCCCCAGGCACUGAGAGGCAGCCCUGGGUCUCUCUCCCCGGGUCCAAGGAGGUGGCCUCAACCUCUGGAGCAGGAAUGUGGCCCAGUGUGUGCAGAAGAAUUGGACAUGUUGGGAUCUGCACUGGCUGAGGGGAGGGAUUGGUCUUCAAUAAAACAGAGAGGUGCUGUGACCUGU